AUGGACCAGAACAUCCAGAAGAUGCGCGCCGCACCAGCUGCACCCCGCCGCUACGAUGGGCAAGCUGGCAAUCCGCUCUAUGACCCAACGCAGAGCGGCCACUAUGGCGCGCCCGUCGCGACCACUGUUUACCAGAAUUCAGCUGACAUGGCUUCACUCCACAGGCGCAUCUGCAUCCGUAUGUUUCCGCUGCGCGCCCGCGCUGACUGCCUCCCGCUGAUUUUGGACCAGAUAGCCGCCCAAGGCCAUGCGCCCGACCCGCAACUCUUCACUGGCUCGUGGCAGAAUGUCAAUCAGGGUCUGACGGGCAACUACCGCGAUAUCCUCAAUACAUACUGGCAGCAGCAGGUCACGAAGCUCGAGACAGACGAACAUGACUACAAGCUCCACCAGCUGCCGUUGGCGCGUAUCAAGAAGGUGAUGAAGGCCGACCCGGAAGUGAAGAUGAUUUCGGCGGAAGCUCCCAUCUUGUUUGCGAAGGGCUGCGACAUCUUCAUCACCGAGCUUACCAUGCGCGCCUGGAUUCACGCCGAGGAGAACAAGCGCCGCACACUCCAGCGAUCAGACAUUGCAUCGGCUCUUAGCAAGUCCGACAUGUUCGACUUCCUCAUCGACAUUGUCCCUCGCGAGGAGGCUCAUCCACACAAGAGGAGUGGCGGUCAGAACGCCGCGGUCCAGUCCUCGGCCGCAGUGCCUGGCAGUGGUCUGCCCCCUCAGGUCCAUGCACAGCACCCCAUGGCUCCGCCAGGUUACGAGAUGCAGCAUAUUCCCCAGCAGGAGGACUUCCGCCAGCCAAACAUGUAUGCUGGUCCCGACCCUGGUGUCUACGCUCAGCAGCAGAUGUUCGAUCCGACCUACCAAGCAUACCCCACAAUGGCACAGCAACAGGGCUACCGCCAUGUCGAAGGUGACGAUGACGCGGAAGGUGAACGCGAGGAUUUCGGCCCUUAG